UAACGGCUGUUUGGACUUCGAAAUAAUUCCUCUGUGACCGUUGAUGCUAAUGUCAUAUUUGCAGUCUGACACAAAUUUAAAAUCAGGGUUUUGGGAACCCAUUUUGAUCAAGAAGUCAGGAUUUGCGGGGUUUUAACGUCCUCCAAUUAAAGAUUUGUCUGGAGGUUUUCUCUUUUCUGAAUUUUCGCAAUACAGGUCAUUUUUCCCAGAUUAAGCUUGCUCUGGAGGCCGGAGUUUGGAGAAAAGUGGCUUUGUAUGUUAGGAUGAGAUUUUCUUAUGAUUUGGCUGGUUUUUGAGAAUAUUCCCCAGAAGGAGCGAGAUUUGUUGUCAUAUUUUCACCGGGCGGCUGAAAUAUAUGAGUUGUUGGAAAUUUUAGUUAUUUAGAUGUUCUUCAGGGGUUAUAUUAAAAUAGUUUAUUGAAGAAGAGAAGAAUGGUGGUUUUGAAGUAAAUGUAAUUGCAAGUUAGAGAGUAAUAUCUGUUUUCUGAAGAAUUCGCCGAAAAGUAGUGGACGAAAUCUGGCCAAAUCUGCAGAUUCAGCAGGAAGAAAUGAAUUUUGGGGUAUUCUUAAGUAAGAAUUUCGUUUUGUCGAGUUUUAAUUUAAUAUUUGAGGAAAGCGGGAGCUUUAAAUGCUUCCUGCAGUAGAUUAAAUAUUUCUUAAGCAUCAGGUGAAAGUCUCGUGAAUUUAUCAGAAAAGUUUGAAGUCUCUGGGCGGAGUAAUUAAAGAUACACAGCAAUGGAGGUGUUUAAAGCUUUCUAAGGGAAAAUUUAGAAUAUUUUUUAAUUUCUUUUGCUCAUGGAUAUUUGCCAAGUUUUGGGGUUUAACUCAUUUGACAGCUUCAUUAAAGCAGUAAAGCCUGGUUUUUGUAGAAACUUGGCAUGGUCUAAGCUUUGAAUUUUUUAGCCUUUGCGGCCACUAUCUGAAGGAGGUAACUGCAUAUAGAGCCUUGCUGUACAUUCUGGUGACUACUUAUUUACUGGUUUGGUCAUGGCGACAUUAGUUCCGGGCAUUCUUUUGAAGCUUCUUCAGAACAUGAAUGCAGACUUCAAAGUCACAGGCGAGCACCGCUCGGCACUAUUGCAGGUAAUUGACAUAGUUCCUGUGGAUUUGGACCGUAAAGAGUUAUGGCCUAAACAAGGGUUUUCUAUCAAGGUCUCAGACUCCUGUCAUUCAACUUAUGUUUCUCUUACAGAGGAUCAAGAGGACUUAGUCUUGAGCAAUAUAUUGCAGCUGGGUCAGUUUAUUUAUGCCGAGAAAAUUGUUCCUGGAUGUACCAUUCCUCUUCUUCAGGGCGUCAGGCCUAUUCCAGGUCGCCAUCCUGUAGUGGGGACCCCCGAGGAUUUGGUGGGUGUGCAUGAAAAUCAGGACCAGAAAGAGAAGCAACAUGAAAGCCCUAGUUUUAAGGGUUCCAAUCCUAUUUCUGGAGAGAGCUUUGCGUCAAAAUGGCCUCCUCGCCGCAGCUCUUGGGAUCCAGAAUCUGGACUUGAACUCGUGACCUUGGCUGGGGCAAAAGCAGAUUUGCAGAGAAAAUCACCCUUUGGAAAACAAGCUUCUUCAUAUGAGGUAUUUACUCCUACUAAAGAUAUGGUGGAAUCAUUAAAGUCAUCUUCCUCACCCUUUAGCAGGGCCACUUCCAGUGCUGGAAAACACCAGAGUGUUUCUCCUUCAUUUACAGUUCGGUCUUCAAUGAUUGUGAACGCCAUACCCAGAGCAGAAAUUUCUUCAGGGAUUUCAAAGAACUUGCGGAAGAGCUGCUGUGAUAUGCCACUACCUGGCAAAAUUGUGAGGAGUAAGAGCGUCUGCGAACGCGAGAGAAAAAUAUCAAAUUCUGAAAAGAAUCCCACACCUCCAAAGUUGAAUCAUAUCCGUGCAUCAUUUUCACCAGCAGGCAAUUCAAAGAUCAGAGCCUCAGUUUCUUGUCUGAAAAGUCCAUCCAUCCCAAAGCCUGAUGUUGCUGCUGUUAGCUUCAAUACAAUUGAUGCUGGGAAUGGUCUUUGGAAAUCUCUGCCAGGAAAGCUCAGCACGAUAGGAAAGGAAGCUGUGAGCAAGCGUGAUGCAGCUCGUGUUGCAGCACUGAAGGCACUGCAGGAAGCUUCCGCAACCGAGACAAUGGUGCAUAUUCUCCAGAAGCUUGCAGAACUCUGUUCCUCUGCAGAUCCGGAAAUCCCAGGAACCUUUGUAGAACAGUUUAUGGAUUUACACAGUCAAAUCUCGCAGGCCCUUGCCAACAUGGAAUCAAUGACCAAGACUCUAACACCAGAUGCAGAAUGCUCUGUUCUCAAUGAAAUAGAAUGCAAUUCGACACCCCAUGGAUCACCAUUGAAGAAAUUGUCAAGAACUUUCCUUCGAAAAUCAACUCAGGAUCUAUCAGGUGUUUCAAAGGCAACAGUCUCUACUCAAGCGCCUCUACCUCCCAAGCGAAAUUUGGCUCAGUCAAUUUCAUGCUCCCCUAAUAGAAUGCCCAUAAGGAACUCAUCCGUAGGAUUUGACAGCAGCCCUAUACCCAAAAUGUCUUCUUCUUACAUUCCAAGGACUCUGAAAUCUACCAGAUUUUCUGAUCAGAACAGGGGUUCAACUCAGUCAGAUCAGCAGCCUGGUGAUACCGAAGAAUCCAAGGGAAAGAAUGGUCUCCUACAGAUGGUCAAGCUUGCAAGACAGAUUAAAACAGAAGCAGAAUCCUGGUUCAUUGAACUGGUGGAGAAAGCCAUAGACAAAGGCUUGAAAAGCAUGAAGUCCUCUGAAGACACCAAAGCAAAGAUAGCAAGCAAACAGGCAUUGCUGACUAAACUAAUUAAUUGGAUUGAACAACAACAGUUAAGUAGCCGUUGCAAAAGAGAAGGAUUAUCUUCCAAUCCUAAAGUGGCAGAGGUGCUCAGGAGAUUGAAACUCAAAGUGAAGAAGUCCUAAGUCUUUCAAGAUGAGAUAAAUGACUUACAUGUCCUUUAGGCCAAAUUGGUCUGUAGAAAGAUUGUUUCAUCAUAUGUAUCUACUGGUUUAGCAUAUUUGUUUCCAUGUCUACUAGAUAUACGAAACGUUACUUAUUCUUUUAUUUAGGUUGAAUAUUAGUUGUAAUCCAAUAUGUUUGACUAUUGGAUAUAAUAUAUGUAACCUAUUCAAUCGUCUGAAUUUUAACAGAGAUUCUAUGGUCUGUGUUUCUUUGUCAAGAAUAUGUAGACUGUUGUAGCGGAAGACUCUUGUAGACUCUUGUAUUGAUAUAUAAAUAAAACUUAAUUGAAUAAAAGAUUGACAAUAUUCUGAGAGAUAUAUUGAUA